AAGCUUUGCUUGUGGAGUUACUUCACCCUCCUGUGUUUAAAUGGCUUCAGUGCAUGAUUCUCAACUGAGCAGCUGUUCCAAUUAGGGGACAACGUAUUUGGGGCAGCAGAUGUCACAGCAUUUUUAGAGUAGGAAGGCACCUUGGAGGCCCCCCAGCCCAGCCCCUCUGGUCUGAAGGUCCUUUCACGCAGCCACACUCCCUCAGGGUGAUGAAACUGCACUCUGCACUGGCUCAGAGACGCUGCUCUCUGGUCUUCUGGCAUGGGUUCCAGCACUCCGCUCUCACACUGGACUGGACAGGAGAGGAGAGCUGGUCUUGUGGCAGCAAGCAUGACUUGUCCCCUUAGCUAAGCAGGGUCUGCCCUGGUUACAUAUGAAUGGGAGACCAGAAGUUUUUUUGGAAAAGCGGUAUGGAAAUCAAAUAAAUUAAUAAUAACAACAACCUUGGAGAAGCCGCUGCCAGUCUGUGUAGACAAUACUGACCUAGCUGGACCUAUGGUCUGACUCAGUCUGUGGCAGCUUCCUAUGUUCCUAACAGAGGCUGAGCUGGGUCCUGGCCCAGAUUACGUCUUCCCACCCACGCAAUGCUUGCUUGCAGUUCUAGCAGUGCUGAGCACCUUCCACCAGCACACUUAUGGCUAGAAUAAUCGACAGCAGGGCCAGACUAGUUGUCCUUUCCUCAAAGCAAGGGCGUUGGGGAGGCACCAACAGAGUCUACCCUGCUGAGCAAGUAACUUUGCCAGUCAACAGGUACAGGUUUCAAAAUCCCCCCCUUGUGUUUUAGUGGACCAUAACACCGUCUGUUGAUCAGAGUGCGAAGCCACACAUUUCGUGGUGGUGGUGGAGAAGCAGCCCCAGAUCCCCACAUGCUUCACAACAGCCAGAUGGUCCGGAGUCCACACCGGGUUAGCCCCUGCUGGUCUCUACAAUGCAGGGACCUCCCAGCAUGGCCAGUGAAGUUCUUAUGUCUGGUGGCUGUGGGCCCCCUCCAGCCUCAGAGGCAGGAUGCCUCUCGGUCCCAGUUGCAGAGGAGCCACAGCAGCAGGAGAGGGGGCAGACACUCAUUACCUCUGGCCUGUGGGCUCCCCAGGGGCAUCUGGUGGGCCACUGUGUGCAACACGAGGCUGGACUAGAUGGGCUUCCUUGGGCCUGAUCCAGCACGGCUCUUCUUAUGUUCUUAAGAGGUGCCAACCUUUCAACCUGCCCUUUCUCCUGUGCUGUUAACAGGCUUGAUCAUAGCAGUCAAUGAUGCUUUCUCUGCAGAAUCCUGCACACAAGCGGCCAUUACAAGUGCCAGCGCCAGGCCAUUUUGUUUGGUUAGUUGGCGGCUCUAUUAAAACACACACACACCAGUUGUGAAUUUGACCACAUGGUGCAGUCUUGUUUCUCCAGGCUGCCUUUCCUGCCCCAAGAUGAUAUUUUCUUUGGCCCCUUCCUCUGCAAGAAGGUGGGAGGUGGACCUCCCUGCGCCCCCCCCCCAGCUCCUCUGUUGUGCUGGAGGCUGGCCUCCCUGCCUUGUGGGAUUACAGCGGCCGCCAUUUGAUUGAGUUCUAAUCCCAGGUCAGCAAAGAGAGAAUUUAAUCAUGAUUUUAAUCUGAUUGUUGCCCUGUGUGGUGUACAUCCUCCCGUAGGCCGGUGGCGCAUUGAUGAAAAGAGAGUCUCUUUAGUAGCAAAUUACUUGUGGGGAUAAACAAGGCAUCUAUCCACUCAGUAAUGAGAGCGCUUCACAAACAGCUGCAAACUGGACGGGGAUCCAUAAAGCAAGCCGAUGGAAGCCAAAGGCAGAGAUUCCUAGGGCUGGUCACCUUGAGAGAAUCUUUGCUUCUGUUCAAAAGGGAAGAAAGCAAAUUGCUAGUCCCUUUGGAAGGGAUCUGUCUGUAAAGGGCUCCUUGUCCAGCGCAUGGGAGUCCUGCCAGGCUGUUUGACCCCCUCCACAGACUUCCCAGGGUGGGCAGUGGGGUAGCUUAUCAGUGGAAGAUGCUGGGAAUUGGGGUUUGUGCCUGUCCUCCUGGCGGCUAUAUUGUAUCUGGCUACAGCUCAGCCGCAGUGGGCAGAAUGCACUCUGCACAUGCUCCUGCUCCUUGCUUCACACAGUUCUCUUCCAGAUCUCUCCUUGAUCUCAGAUGGUCCUUUGCAGGAGGCUUCCUCUUUAAGCAGUGGAAGGAGAAGUUCCUGAUCCUCUCGGUCGAUGGGGACUUGCUCAUCUGCCCAGACGCCGACUCCCCAGCUGAGCUGGGCAUCUCCUUGGGCACUAGCUGUGAUGCUAUCCUGGAGGGCAGCAAGAUCUGUGACCUGCCCCGCCUCCCUUUGGGGGCCCAGCGGGACUGCUGCCUGGGCCUCAGCCUCUGUGAUGGGAAAGUCUUGCUGUUUCUGGCUCCCAGCAGCCUGGAAUGCAGACAGUGGCUCAACCUGUUACGAAAAGUCAAAGAGAGCUGCUCCCAAGGAUCUCCCUCUCGCUGCAAACUCCACAUCCACUCGCCAGUGACCAAGUGCUGCAGGAAAGGGGGCGGCACCAGUGGGUCCCCCGGCACAGAGAGACGAGAAGCGACCUGGGCAAACCUGUGCCAGGAGCCGUGCUCCCCCCGCUGCCUCCGCCAUGGCUCCCCAGCUCGUAAGGGCGUGAAGACAGCUUGCCUCUUGGUGGGGGGCGCUGCAGCUGGCCCCACCAUGGGCUACAUGGUCACCUCUGCCACAGCUGGACACCCUGGGGAAUCACAGCCGCCAGACUUCAAGGAACUGGGCUACCACCCCUCUGCCUGCGACUCGGAGCCGCAAUACGAAGCCCUGGAUUACGAGGCAAUGGACCAGGACUUGGAUAUGCUGGACUUUGGGGGCUUUGCCUUCUAGGCUCACUCAGCGUCGGGCCACAAAGGCAAGACCCCGAGGGCUGGGAGAAGAACUCUCUCCUGCAGCUGGCAAAAGAGGCACCCAGUCUGCCUGAUGCCAUGGGGCACCACUCACAGCCCCACCAGGAGGAGACACGGAUGGGGUAUUGGGCUGGGACUCCUGGUUGACUUCCAAGACUGCACCUUCAUUUUGCUGGAUCUUCCUUUUCUUUUAAUGGCAUGUUCACAUGAGAGUGGGGUCUAGUGUGUUUGAUUCUGGCUUGCUUGGGUGCCGGUGUCCACUGCAGGGAGCCUUGUUUGUUCCUCUCCCCCUCCCUCCCGUUUUGCAUUCAGCCAGGGGUUCUUCACAGCCUUGGGUCUCCACGUGUGGCUGGACUACAAUUCCCAUCAGCACCAAGCACAGUGACCAAAGGGCGUUAAGCUCUGGAGGCCCGAGGUUGAGGACAGGGGCCUUGGACACGAUGGUGGUUGUCAGCUCCUGUUCUAGUCUCUUGCUCCUGGGAAUUCUCAGCCCCCAAGGGGUGCCCGUUAAGUGGAGUGGGGGGAAGUCGCCUGGGGGUGGGGCUAUGGUAUGAGGCCCUGCCUCACCUGCUGCUUUGCCUUGAAGGACUCUUCAUACCACCUGAGAAGCGCCAAGGGACAGUUGCCUUCUUGACACCUGAACUGCAUAUAGCCGCCCACCUGCAUCUCCCCUCGUGAUAUUCAGAAAUUCCCUUUUGUGAUCUGUGCCCCGCCCCCCCGCCAAGCCACUUCAAGGCCAGGGCACAAGUCAGUUCAGUGUUUCUGAUUUUCAACAUGGAAUAAACCUUUCAUAGCAAG